GAGGGUUUCCCACAAAGGCAAGACAGAAAAAAAGUAUCAUCGGAGGUGUGUAAGAGAGAGAGCUAUAGGGUAAAAGACAGAGACUUGUCUCCUGCUUCUUCUUUGUGUGCAUUAAGAAUCGAUUGAGAUGGCGAGCGAAACCCCUGAAGUUGUUGUAGCUCCCGUGGUGGUGGAGAACGGCGGCGCCUCCAAAGGAAAAGAGGAACAAUCAUUGGAGUCUGAGCUUUCGAAGAAGCUCGAGAUUACAGAGAAUGCAAAAGAAGAGAACGACGAAGAAGAAGAAGGAAGCAAAGCUGAGACUUCAACGACUAAGAAGAAGAAAAAGAAGAAUAAAAGCAAGAAGAAGCCUCAGCAGACUGAUCCACCUACAAUCCCUGUCGUUAAGCUUUUCCCAUCUGGAGAUUUUCCUGAAGGUGAAAUCCAACAGUACAAGGAUGACAAUUUGUGGAGAACAACAUCUGAAGAGAAGAGAGACCUGGAGCGUUUGCAGAAGCCAAUAUACAACUCUGUACGCCAGGCUGCUGAAGUUCAUCGCCAGGUUAGAAAACAUGUAAGAAGCAUAGUGAAGCCUGGAAUGUUGAUGACUGAUAUAUGUGAGACCCUUGAGGAUACUGUUCGUAAGCUUAUAUCAGAGAAUGGUCUGAAAGCUGGUAUUGCUUUCCCUACAGGAUGCUCCUUGAAUUGGGUUGCUGCUCAUUGGACACCAAACUCUGGAGACAAGACUGUGCUUCAAUACGAUGAUGUUAUGAAACUUGAUUUUGGAACACAUAUUGAUGGACAUAUUGUUGACUGUGCAUUUACAGUUGCGUUCAAUCCUAUGUAUGAUCCUCUCUUAGCAGCUUCCCGUGAAGCUACGUAUACCGGUAUCAAGGAAGCUGGUAUCGAUGUUCGUCUCUGCGAUAUUGGUGCUGCCAUUCAGGAGGUCAUGGAGUCGUAUGAAGUUGAAAUCAAUGGAAAGGUCUUCCCAGUUAAAAGUAUCCGGAACUUGAAUGGGCAUAGCAUCGGACCAUAUCAGAUACAUGCGGGGAAAUCCGUUCCAAUUGUUAAAGGAGGCGAGCAGACAAAGAUGGAAGAGGGAGAAUUUUAUGCCAUUGAAACAUUCGGAUCAACUGGGAAAGGAUUUGUGAGAGAAGACUUGGAAUGCAGCCACUACAUGAAGAACUUCGACGCUGGUCAUGUCCCCUUGAGGUUGCCUAGGGCAAAACAACUCCUCGCCACCAUCAACAACAACUUCUCGACUCUAGCCUUCUGCAGAAGGUACUUGGACCGCAUUGGUGAAACCAAAUACUUGAUGGCUUUAAAGAACCUGUGCGAUGCUGGCAUUGUUCAGCCGUAUCCUCCUCUAUGUGAUGUGAAGGGAAGCUAUGUAUCUCAGUAUGAACACACAAUCUUGCUCCGACCGACUUGCAAGGAAGUUGUGUCCAAGGGAGAUGACUACUGAGUCAUCAGUUCCUCUGUGGUUUUUUUUUGGUUCUGUUCUUUUCUUUCAUAUCAUAUGUACUGUGAUUGAGAUUCAGAUCCUCUGUUUUUUACUCUGUUUUUCAUAUCAUAUACUGUUCUUGAGAGUUGAGAUUGUAGUUGUACACUGCGUGUUUUUUUUUUUCUGGUCGUUAAAACACAUCUGUGAAUCACUUUUAUAAAGCUUCAAUGUCUGUUCAAAAUU